AUGGGUUGUUGUAUAUCUUAUGAAAAAUCAUCAACAAUCGAAGUCAUCUUGGAUGAAAAUGGUGUAGCUCAUCGCGUAGCAGAAGGAAAAGGCACUCACAUCAUACGUACUUAUCCUGAUAAAGAAACCAAAAUUGAACGAAAACCGCCUACAAAACCAUCAGAGAUCUCAUCACUAUCACGUCCAGAUGCAAUCUAUUAUCCCAAAAAGAGUCUCAUGACUGUCUCAUGUUUUCCAUCUCGUAAGGUUCGACCGGGUGAGCCGAUUGAUGCUUCGACCAUUCAAAAUGAAAAAUCUUAA